UCGCUUCAGUCGAUUCCCGAUAAGCAAUCAGAUAAUUCACAUGCCGUUGAAUUCAGAUUUCAGCGUGCAAAAAACGUUCCAGGCCCUCCCCGAUCGCGGCUGCUGAGCUGAACACCUGCCGGCGGCUUCCUUCCGCGAGACCCGCCGAGCGCCGCGGCCCGCGGGAUCCUGACCUUUUUGGCUCAAACUCCUCCUCCCCGUCUAUAUAGUUCCACACUGCCUGCUGCACCGUCAGGCUAGUCAACCCGCUCUCGUCUCCCGGGCCCUCGCCUCUCUCUGCCGUCUGCACUGCCGCCUGCCGCGCGCAAGGACGCCCAUGGCUCGCCACGGCCAAGCGCUGCUCGCCGCGCUCCUCGUGUCCGCGGUCGGCGCAGCCAGCGCGCAGCCGAGCUACGAUGACGGCGGCCAGGGCCAGGUCAGCACGGCCAUGAUCGCGCUCCUGGUCGCCGUCAUCGCGGUGUUCGUGUUCAUCGCCUCAUUCACCGUCUACCUCCGCCACUGCACCGGCUCCGCGGCCACGUCGGACGACUACGACCGCGCCAGAGCCGUGCCCAAUUUCGACGCCUUCAUCUCGCGGUCGCGGAGGCAGCGGCGGCCGCGCGGGCUGGACGCCGAGGUGGUCGAGGCUUUCCCCACCAUGAAGUACGCCGAGGCCAAGGCGCUCCGGGUGGGCAAGGGCGGCGCGCUCGAGUGCGCAGUGUGCCUCAGCGAGUUCGAGGACGAGGAGCGGCUCAGGCUCUUGCCCAAGUGCAGCCACGCCUUCCACCCGGAAUGCAUCGGCGAGUGGCUCGCCAGCCACGUGACCUGCCCCGUCUGCCGCUGCAACCUCGACCCUAACAAGGAUACCAGCAGCGAUGAACAGCGGCCCGACAGUUUCCCGCCGAUCCCAGUGGCGAGCAGCAUCUCGAGCGAAACCGCGGUGUCGUCUGGGCAUGGACCGCUACCUGUGGCCGUGGUGAUCGAUGUGAUCACCGAGGAGGAGGAAGAGGCGCGGCGGCAGGAGGCGCUGGAGCUGCAGCAGAUAGGGACCCAGCGGCGCGCCAUGCGGUCGCGGUCGGGGCGCAAGCCGGUCCCGACGCAGCUCGCCCGGUCGCACUCUACGGGACACUCCCUCGCCGUCCGGCUCGACCGCGACCUGGAGCGGUUCACGCUGCGGCUGCCGGAGCACGUGCGCAGGGAGAUGGUCGCCGCGGGCGAGCAGAGCAUGCGACUGCGUCGCGGGCGAAGAGCCGGGGAAGGAAGCAGCCGAGGCGGCCGAAGCGCCCCCCUCGGCCGGGCGAGCAGAUGGCAGUCGCUUCUCGCGGGGACCUUCUCCGGGAAGCUGUCCUUCUUUUCGGCGUCCAGGAUAACGGUCAGCUCGGCCGAGCUGGGAGAGGUGUCGUCCUCGUCGUCCACGAGGGCGAGAGGGAAGCGCGUGGCCGCCGUUGAUGCCGCCGACGCUCUUGCUAGUGCUAAGGGCAGCGUCCGCCUUGACCGCAUCGGAGGCGGCGGCGUGUCCGGCGCUGCGUCCCGCUCCCGCGAGGUGGCGGCAGCGGCGGACGAGGAGAAGUCAGCUACGCAACAGGUUCGCACGUAGAAUGGGAACAACAGAUUUUUGAGCGUAGAAACUAGCUAGCUUGAAAGUGAUCUUCUUUCACACGGGGAAGAAAUUGGCGUCUUUUGGUCUGCGGGGAACAGGGCGCCGAUUUCGUGCUGGUUGCUCUUGCUCCAAAUUCGGUUGAAAUUGAAUGAAAAACACGAGACGUACCGAUCCUAUUUGUAAAUUACCUUGUAAAUUUGUACAGGAGUAGAAACGGAAUGUAACCUGCUUACCUGCAGGUAGAACAAAUGCUGGAUUUCCUUUGUGCUGGAGUAGAAACGGAAUGCAACAACCGUACGUCAGAUAUUCAGAUGUCCUGUCCUCAUUCAUGGUCCAGAGUCCAGACUCCAGAAUGAAGCUGAAGUAGCCUUGUUUGAACUUUCUAUUCAUUCGCUGCUUCUUCCAAGAAGGUUUGUUUAAAAUUUCAAGCGCUGUCUGAAUUUGCACAGUAUGACACCGAUUAAUACUUAAUGGAUGGUCCCAAUAACAAAUGCCAAAUCCAGAGUUGAUUAGCAAA